AUGAAGAAGGGCCCAUCCGUCUGCCUUUUUUUCGUUGGUCUAUUCAAUUUUAACCUGGAAAAAGGCAAUACCAAAGAUUCUUUAGGAUUUUUGGUUUUCCUGUUUGUCGAUCAGAUUUCUGUCUCUAAUGCACGUUUGGUGGAGCAGGAGACGACAUGGGUCGACCUUGGGAAGCUUCGAAAUUGUAAAGAUCGAGAGCACAAGUCCGUUAACAGAUUGCGUGGAAAAUUCUGGGUCUUGCAGAACUUUGUGCGGGCGGAUCAUGGACGGAUGAGCUGCUCCUCGAACGUGACCUAUACAACCCAUGCGGACUAUAGGUAUUUGGACAAUUUGGUGCCGCUGCUGGAGCGCUGGAGAUCGCCUUUGAGUCUGGCUCUGUACGCACCCGGCACGGACUGGGAGCCGACCAUCGAGAGCAUCCUGUGGCUGCUGCAGUGCGAUGCUGGUCGGGACCUGGUGCGCGGUCUGACCAGCUUCCACAUCUACUUUCAAGUGGGACACACGCCCAGGGUUGUGCUCAGGGCAGAGACGAUUCUCGCACGGAAGUUGGACUGCGGUGGACGGCCACCCUAUGAGGGAACCGUCGGAAGGCGGACCUACCGCUCGCAGAAGGACCUCGACUAUCCCGUCAACACUGGCCGGAACAUAGCCCGGGAGGCAGCGCUCACCCACUUCGUUCUGGCCUCGGACAUCGAGCUGUAUCCCACGCCGGGCCUGGUGCCCAAGUUUUUCACUAUGCUCGGACGCCACAGCGACGGGUUCACAGCGAAGCACUUGCCGGUGCCGGUGCCGGUGCCGGUGGUCUAUGUGCUGCGUAUCUUUGAGGUGGAGUCCAAUGCGACGAUGCCCAGCGACAAGCUGCAGCUGCAGGACAUGCUGUGGAGCUCGCAGGCGGUGCCCUUCCACAUGAACAUCUGCCCCCACUGCCACAAGGGACCCAAGCUGGAGGAGUGGAUCAAUGCCAGCGUCUCGGAUGAGCUGAAUGUCUCUCACAAGGGCAUUCGGAUGGGCAGGGAGAACCGCUGGGAGCCGAUUUUCAUUGGCUCCACCACGGAUCCGCCGUACGACGAGCGCCUGAGCUGGGAGGCGAUGAGCGACAAGAUGACCCAGGCCUAUGCCAUGUGUGCUCUGGGCUAUGAGUUUCACAUCCUGGACAAUGCCUUUCUGGUGCACAAGCCCGGCAUCAAGCCCGGCCUCGACAAUCCCGAACGUCACGAUCUCGCUCUCCGCACGGAGUCCGUUAUUCGCUCAAGAUUCUUUCGGGAAAUGCGCAUCAUCUACGGCAGUCGUGACGGUUGUUUGCCUUAAGAAUCGUAUAAAGUAUAUGCCCUGA